GGUGUAAACAAGUCGCGGCGGCUGCUCACCCUGGCCGUGGGGACGGCGCCCGCCAGGAGCGCCCCCCACUCCUAGGCUAGGCCACCCCGGUGCACCGGGCCCCCGCGCGCCCAGGCGAGGCACUGGGCUCCCUCUGCUCCCCGUGGGCCGCUCCCCGCGUGGGGCCACUGCCCCCGGCCCCCGCCAUGGUGCGGAUUUCAAAACCCAAGACAUUUCAGGCCUACCUGGAUGACUGUCACCGGCGGUAUAGCUGUGCCCACUGCCGUGCUCACCUGGCCAACCACGACGACCUCAUCUCCAAGUCUUUUCAGGGCAGCCAGGGGCGUGCCUACCUCUUCAACUCUGUGGUGAAUGUGGGCUGCGGGCCAGCCGAGGAGCGGGUGCUGCUGACAGGCCUUCAUGCUGUCGCGGACAUCCACUGCGAGAACUGCAAGACCACUUUGGGCUGGAAAUAUGAACAGGCCUUCGAGAGCAGCCAGAAGUACAAAGAGGGGAAGUACAUCAUUGAACUCAACCACAUGAUAAAGGACAAUGGCUGGGACUGACUGACUCCUGCUUUCUGAACCAUGUGGCUCCAGUCCAGCCUGGCCGCUGGGGGGCGCCACUAGCCGCCUUCCUCAAAGGAAGGACACUGGCCACUCAGUCUCUGCAGAGGAAGGACCCAGCUCCUGUACAUAUAUUUUAUUGCAUGCACUGUGACCUUGGGGGAAAAACAAGAAGGGGGACUGCGCACCCCCGCCUCUCCUGCGAUCUGGCUGGCUUGGAUCUCGUUUUUAAACCCUUUCUUCCCUGGCUGCCCUGAGUGCUGUUCCUUUAGGCCCCAGUGUCCAGUCGUCCUGUAAACUCUUCCUUCGGACCCCUUUAUCCUUGCGUGUCGGCGCCCUUCAUUCUGUAGCGUUUGUAAAUAAUAAAACAAUGGAGUGGAGA